AUUGAGUUAUUAGGGAUUCUAAGCCCAAGCCCAAUCCAGUGAACCACUUCGCCUCAGCAGCUCCAUCAAAUCAGUAAAAACAAGUUGAAGUCGCACAACUCACCGUCGCCGAAAAACGCUUCCGGCAGAAACUCCAUUCAUUCCACAUAUUCACAGGUUGAAUUUUGUCACGAUGAAAGUAAAUAAGGGGAAAAGAGAUAUACGAACUGGGGAAAAGAAGAAAAAAAGAAACUUGGAACAAAACGUUAAGGAUGUUGAGACAUAUGUUACAGUGAACAAUGAUGAUCAUGGGCUGAAGGUUAUGAAGAGAAAAAAGGUGAAAGUUUCGGCUGGUAGAAAAAAGAACAAGGACAUAAAUGUCGUUGCGACACAAAGACCAGAAGAUGAUGAAGUUGAUUUAGAAGAGCAAAGUGUGGUUCAUGAAGUGCAGGCUAUAAAGGGAGAAAAGGAGAAAGUUACUACUACCAGUCGAAAAAGGAAAAACAAAGACAGAAACCUAGUUGGAAGACAAAGACGGGAGGAUGUAGAAGUGGAUUUAGAAAAGGAAAAUGAUGGAGUAAUGGAACAUUGUGAUGCUAAACAAGAGGAAGUCAAAGACUCGAAGGAGCAUAAAGAUUCUAAUACUGGAGCAUUUAUCAAACCUUGUAUGUCAAAGGAUGCUAAGAAGAAAAGAAGAAAGGAGGUUCCAAAAUCACCAGAAAAGAGAGAACAAGAUCAUCAGGAGGAAAUUCAUAUUAUUUCUUCUGGAGAUGACGAUGGCUCAAAUGGAAUGAAAAAAUGGAUCAUGGAAUACCAUCAAAGUAGACCAGGAUUGGAGGUGUUGCAACAUCAAAUUGACGAUUUUGUAACUGAUUACGAGGAGAAAUUGGAAGAGGAAAAAAAAGCAAAAGAAGCUCUUGCUGCAGAAGGGGGAUGGACGGUGGUUGUACAACGCAAGGGUAGGAAGAAAACUACCGACUCUGAAAGUGGAAUUGCCGUGGGCUCAGUUGCUCAAGCUGCUGUGGAGGAUAAAUUGGCCAAAAAGAAAAAUAAAGGAGUUGGUCUAGAUUUCUACCGCUUUCAAAAAAGAGAAGCUCAGAGAAAUGAGCUAAUGUUAUUGCAGAGCAAAUUUGAGGAGGACAAAAAACGUCUGCAACAGUUGAGAGCUGCCAGGAAAUUCAGACCUUACUAAACGGUGUUGAUGGCAGCCGACGGUUCUAUUCUUGGGGGUUGAAGAUUAUAUUUAUGAAAUCCGGAAGGUGAAUUAUCGUAUAGUCCCGAAAAUUUGUUCAUUUACCAUUCCAAUUUUGCCAGAAAUCUGUAAACGUAACGAAGUAGUUAUUUUAAUUUGAGUUAUAUGAUUUUGCCUAUUGUGAAAGGGUUGUUUCUAACACAUAUCACCGAUUUAGGGGGUUCUUGUACGCACUUUGAAUGUUUGAAACUUAUUUAUUUUAUGCAUUCUUGGAAUGAAA